GUUGACAUCGUUCUACUUCCCGGAUCGUUUACUCACUGUUCAUAACUUAUCAGUGCCACUUGAAGCAUCAUCUGCGUGACGUAUAAGUCCUGUGACUUGUUUCCUCUUGCACAAAACAGUGCAAUUUUGACCGAAAAUCUUCCAUAUCGCAAAACAACUGUCGUUAUUUAGUCGUUGCGUGUAGAAGAAAAGGUAUACAAUAUGUCUCUUUAUCCCACGCUUGAGGAUAUGAAGGUGGAUCAAAUGAUGAAGGCUCAACAGCAAGUGGAGUCACAAUAUAAUGUUCCACCUAUGCCACAAAUACACAAUGUUCCAUCAGCACCCCCUUACACUUCUUCUGCACUAUUAUACCCUUCACCGGCAGAAUACAUGGGACUGGAACUUGGAGAAGAAGUAAUAGAGGAAAAUAUGCCCGAAUAUUCUCUGGUUAGCCGUACAAGUACAGCACUUAGUAUAACUGCAACCUCAGGGCCUUUAGCAGGUAUGGUUGCUCCAUUAUCUGGCCAAUCAGAAGGAUUACAGAGAGCAAAUGUAACAAAUGGCAUACGGGAGUUAAUACUAUGCAAAGAUAAAGAUGGUAAAGUUGGUUUGAGAGUACGUGCCGUCAACAAGGGUAUUUUCGUAUGUGUCGUAAGUCCGAAUUCUCCAGCUGCGCUUGGUGGCUUACGAUUCGGAGAUCAAAUUUUAAGCAUAAACGAUGUUUCUGUCGCCGGAUUUACCAUGGAUCAAGUUCACAAAAUGUUGCGAGAUGCCAACGUUAACGGCAUCCGAGUGGUAGUACGCGAUAGACCAUUCGAACGGACAAUAACUAUGCAUAAAGACAGUACAGGUCAUAUAGGAUUCCAAUUCAAAAAUGGUCGAGUAACUGCCUUAGUCGAAAAUUCUUCAGCUGCGCGAAAUGGACUCAUAACGGAUCAACAAAUAUUAGAAGUUAAUGGAAAGAAUGUUGUUGGUAUGAAAGACAAAGAAAUCACGGCGGAGAUUAAAAAUGGCGGAAAUAUUAUCACCUUGACGAUUAUUCCAUCGUAUAUUUACGAUCAUAUGAUUAAAAAGAUGAAUAUUAUUGCUGCUAUGAAUAACAAGUAAGUAUAUUCAGAGUAAAUAAUUAAGCGGUUUUCGACUUAUGUCUCGCAUUUUAAUAUUCUGAUCUCUUAGAGUUGAUAUUUUACAUCUUUUUUAAAACAACAAACACUAUACAGUAGUGAUAAGUAUUGUUUAGUGUUCGUAUCCGUAGUAUUAACCCAAAGUUGAUCAAAUAUCAUUCGAAUGAGUACAAACAAUUUUUUAAAAACAAAAAAAUAUUAAACUCUUCAAACUCUUAUAUUUUAUCAUAGAUUUAUAUGCAUUUAUUUCUGGACAUGCACAAAUAUUCAUACUCAAUACUUGUCAAGUAAAUAGACUGCAAUAAAAUUAUUUAUUACCACGGUUAAAUAUUUCCAAUGUAUGAAUAACUUUACUGUCGUGUUGUUAUUACCAAAUAGUUCAUAAAUUGACAUUUUCUUUAGAAUCAUGUGCCCAAAUAAUAUUAGUUAUACAAUUUAAAAGUCUCUACCAUGUUAAUGCUUUUAUAUACAAUUUUAUCUUGUACAUAUUUGCCAAAUUUGUUUACCAAUGUUAUUAGGAUUUCUACAUUGUGACAUGUAAUGAAUGUACUAGACAAAGUGUACUAAUAGUAAAUUUUAUAUUCUUCUCGAUAAUGUGCCGUGCCAAUAUUAUGAAUUGUAAGUUAUGUAGUUAACUGAUUAAGGUUGAAAUAAAAUGUUGUAUACA